AUGAUGCUUACCAUCUUUAUCCUUAGGCUGGCUGUCUGCAUCCUGGCAUCUCCCAUGUACCUGCUGAACUUUCUGGGUUUGUGGAGCUGGAUAUGCCAACAAUGGUUCCCCUACUUCUUGACGAGGUUCUCUGUGAUAUACAAUGAACAGAUGGCGAGCAAGAAGCGGAAGCUCUUCAGUAACCUGAAGGACUUUGUGGGCCCCUAGGAACUCUCCCUGCUGGAGGUAGGCUGUGGCACCGGGACCAACUUCAAGUUCUAUCUGCCUGGAAGCAAGGUGACCUGUAUUGACCUGAAUCCCAACUUUGAGAAGUUCUUGAUCAAGAGCGUUGCUGAGAACCAACACCUGCAGUUCGAGCGCUUCGUGGUGGUUGCCGGGGAGAACAUGCACCAGGUGGGUGACGGCUCCGUGGAUGUGGUGGUCUGCACCCUGGUCCUGUGCUCCGUGAAGAACCAGGAACAGAUCCUCCAGGAGGUGUGCAGAGUGCUGAGGCCGGGAGGGGCUUUUUAUUUCAUGGAGCAUGUACCAGCUGAGUGUUCAACCUGGAAUUACUUCUGGCAGCAGGUCCUGGAUCCUGCCUGGAACCUUCUGUUUGAUGGGUGCAACCUGACCAGAGAGAGCUGGAAGGCCCUGGAACAGGCCAGCUCUUCCAAGCUGCAGCUGCGGCACCUACAGGCCCCUCUGUCCUGCCAGCUGAUACACCCACACAUCUGUGGAUAUGCUUUGAAAUAG